CGGUGCCGCCCCUCUAACGCCGGUGUCCGCGAACGCAUCCUGCCAUUGACAAACAGCGUGAAUGAGGUCUUUGAACGCAGCACGCAGCAUAACAAAGGAGCGGGCCGGGGCCGCCCCCCCUCCCGGCUUGGCGCAAUGAAGCACCAUGCUUCCCAUCAUGCAGCGCUCGCGUCUACUCCUCCGCCGAGCCGCCAUGUUGUCGGAGUGAAAUCCUGGGGUGCCAGAGAGAAACUGGGGCCGAAAUCCGCGACCAUCCACCCUCUCCGCCGGCUGUGGUGGAAUGAGCAGUGUGUGUUGAAGAGGAAAGCAGUGCUCUGGCAGGAUUCCUUCAGCCCCCACCAUAGAACUACACCCCCCAGCAUGCCUGUGGUGCUGAGCAGUGGAGGACACGCCCCUCCCACUGGGCAAACCCCUCUGGCCACGCCCCCCAGCCAGCAGGGUGUGGCGGGUGCUGGACGCUCCCAGGAUGACGCCAUGGUCGACUACUUCUUCCAGCGGCAGCACGGCGAGCAGCCUGGCAAACAUCGCUGGCCCACUGGGGACAACAUCCACGACAGCCAGGUGCGCUCGAUGGACGAGCUGAACCACGACUUCCAGGCCCUGGCACUGGAGGGACGUGCGAUGGGAGAGCAGCUGCUCACUGGCAAGAAGUUCUGGGAGACGGACGACUCUGGGAAGGACGGGCCAAAGGGAAUCUUCCUGGACCAGUGGCGGGACAGCGCAUGGGGGGCCUCAGAUCACUCGGUGUCACAGCCAAUCAUGGUGUCCCGCCGGCCAGGACAGGGCUUCCACGGCGGCGGCGAAGUCGGCGUGGGCUCUGUCAUGUCUCCGCGGUCCGAAAGCGGGGGUCUGGGCGUGAGCAUGGUGGAGUACGUCCUGUCCUCGUCGCCGGCGGACAAACUGGACUCCUGCCUUCGGAAAGGACCAUACCGGGACGGAGAGGUGGAGGACGACAAGAGGGACAAGCCCAAAACGGCGUUUGAGGGAGAGAAGUUGAAAGAGCUGACAGAAAGCGAGGCUGACGUCAUCAAUGACGUCAUCAACCCCAACGGGCUGCCCGUGCAGAAUGGCCUCGAUGUGGAUGUCAAAGAGUUUGGCCGCCCUCCAGGCAACAUGGUGCCCUCAGGCCCCGAGGUGGACCUCCUCGGGGGUCCCGGUGGCGUCGGAGUGGACGGGCUGACACAAUUAGGAGGCGGCGGAGGCCACAAACCCCCGGACGACUUCUCCGGCGUGGACCAAGGCGGGGUCGCCAUGGACCCCAUGGAGUCGGUGAUGGAGCCGCUUCAGUUUGACUACAACUCGCAGAUGCCCAUGGACUCUGCGCCCACCGUGGGCCUCUUUGAUUACGCCAACCAGCAGCAGCUAUUCCAGAGGAACAACGCUCUGGCGGUGCAGCAGCUGACGGCGGCGCAGCAGCAACAGUACGCUUUGGCAGCCGCGCAGCAGUCACACAUUGGUCUGGCACCGGCAUUCGUGCCCAACCCGUACAUCAUCAGUGCCGCCCCGCCAGGCACAGACCCCUACGCAGCGGGGCUCGCAGCCGCAGCAACUCUCGGCCCGGCAGUGAUGCCUCCUCAGUACUACGGCGUCACCCCCUGGGGGGUCUACCCAGCCAACCUAUUCCAGCAGCAGGCAGCUGCAGCCAACAACUCCGCCAAUCAACAGGCGGCCAACCAAGGCCAGCAGAACCAGCAACAGGUGAUGCGUGCGGGAGGCAACCAGCGACCUCUGACCCCCAACCAGGGGCAGCAAGGGCAGCAAAAUGACCAGCUGGUUGCGGCGGCGGCGGUCAACUCCGCCCUGGCCUUUGGGCAGGGGCUUGCAGCAGGAGUGCCUGGUUAUCCGGUCCUGGCGCCCGCAGCCUACUAUGACCAGACCGGCGCCCUGGUGGUCAACACCGGAGCGCGCAGUGGGCCCGUCCGCCUCAUGGCGCCCGCGUCUGUCAUCAUAUCUCCGUCUGCGGCGCAAGCAGUUGCAGCAGCGGCGGCCUCAGCGGGCGGGGCCAACGGGGGCCUGGGCGGCGGGGCCAACGGUCCUUUCCGUGCCAUGACCUCCCAGCAGCCUCAGCAGCAGGGUGGCCCCGGCGGCGCUCUCGGCGGGAGCUCCUUCUACGGCUCCUCCUCGCUCAGCUCCUCCUCCCAGAGCUCCUCCCUCUUCUCGCAAGGUUCUGGCCAGCCCGGCUCCGCCUCCUUGGGGUUCAGCCAGCCCGCCUCCUCGUCCCUCGGCGCCACGCUCGGGGCCACGUUGGGAGGCUUCGGCACUGCAGUGGCUAACUCCAGCGGAGGCAGCGGCUCCAGGCGAGACUCCCUGACAGGCGCCAGCGAGCUGUACAAACGCACACCCUCUAGUCUGACCCCCAUCGGCCACGGGGGGUUCUACAACGGCACCUUGGGCUUCAGUCCCUCCCCCGGCCCCGUGGGCAUGCCCCUUCCCAACCAGGGCCCCUCCCAUUCUCUCACCCCUCCACCCUCGCUGUCCAAUCACAGCUCUUCAUCCAACCUCAAUCUGGGAGGCUUGACCAAUGGCAGCGGGCGCUUCAUCUCCGCCGCCCCGGGCGCCGAGGCCAAAUACCGUAGCGCCGCCAGCUCGGGCUCCUCCCUCUUUUCGCCCAGCAGCCAGCUGUUCCCGUCGUCGCGGCUACGCUACGGCAUGUCGGACGUGAUGCCGUCGGGCCGGAGCCGCCUGCUGGAGGACUUCAGGAACAACCGCUACCCCAACCUGCAGCUGCGGGACAUCGCCGGCCACAUCAUGGAGUUCAGCCAAGACCAGCACGGCAGCAGGUUCAUCCAGUUGAAGUUGGAACGAGCCAGUCCAGCCGAGCGCCAGCUGGUCUUCAGUGAAAUCCUGCAGGCCGCCUACCAGCUCAUGGUGGACGUCUUCGGCAACUACGUCAUCCAGAAGUUUUUUGAGUUCGGCAGCCUGGACCAGAAGCUGGCGCUGGCCGAGAGGAUCCGAGGCCAUGUGCUCUCCCUGGCCCUGCAGAUGUACGGCUGCAGGGUCAUUCAGAAGGCCCUGGAGUUCAUCCCCUCCGAUCAGCAGGUCAUUAGCGAGAUGGUGCGAGAGCUGGACGGCCACGUGUUGAAGUGCGUGAAGGACCAGAACGGCAACCACGUGGUGCAGAAGUGUAUCGAGUGUGUCCAGCCGCACGCGCUACACUUCAUCAUAGACGCCUUCAAGGGACAGGUGUUUGCCCUCUCCACCCACCCGUACGGCUGCCGGGUCAUCCAGCGCAUCCUGGAGCACUGCCUCCCCGAGCAGACGCUGCCCAUCCUGGAGGAGCUCCACCAACACACGGAGCAGCUGGUGCAGGACCAGUACGGCAACUACGUGAUCCAGCACGUGCUGGAGCACGGCCGGGCCGAGGACAAGAGCAAGAUCGUGGCGGAGAUCCGGGGAAACGUGCUGGGACUCAGCCAACACAAGUUUGCCAGCAACGUGGUGGAGAAGUGUGUGACGCACGCCUCGCGGGCCGAGCGGGCGGUGCUGAUCGACGAGGUGUGCAGCCUGACGGAGGGCCCCCACAGUGCCUUAUACACCAUGAUGAAGGACCAGUACGCCAACUACGUGGUGCAGAAGAUGAUCGACGUGGCGGAGCCCACCCAGCGCAAGAUCGUCAUGCACAAGAUCCGGCCCCACAUCUCCACGCUGAGGAAGUACACGUACGGCAAACACAUCCUGGCCAAGCUGGAGAAGUACUACAUGAAGAACGGCGUGGACCUGGGCCCCCUCUGCGGGCCCCCCAAUGGCAUCAUGUGAAACACCCUUUUGAAGGAACGGGGUCUCGUCUUUUCCCUACACCCGCCCCCGUUUCCGUGGCAACCCCUCAGGAGGAGCCUGUUGCUACGGGCAGCUUUUUUAGGUCAAAUGUCCGGGACCCCUCCCCGCCGCCAUCCACGGCCGCCCGAGCCGGGCGUGCUUAACUCCGGGUGAGAGGUGAGAGAGACUCCUUCCAUUUCCUUCUUCCCUUUCUUGUUUUGUCUCCUUGCCUCCAUCUUUGUUUCACUUUGACGCUCCUCCUUCAUUUCCACACCAGCCUACACAUCACUUAGCAUGGGAGAUGGCUUUUCUGCUCUUUGCUUCUAUAAAUAUAACGUGUAUACUUGGUGUAGACCUUUGCAUAUACAUAUAUACAUACAUAUAUAUAUAUAUAUAUAAAUAUAUAUAUACAACUUUGUAGUUUUUUCUGGGUUUUGAUGUUGACUCUGUAUCUAUAAUGUAUCCUAGUAGUGACCACAUACUGUAUAAUUGUACAUUUGUAAACCCUUGUAAUGUAAAAGUGCUUUACCGCCAUUUUUUGGUAUGAGGGAAGGAAAAAAAAAAAGAAAAAAAAGGCAAGAAAAAGAGCUGGCGCUGGAGAACAAAAAAAAAAAAAAGAAGUUAGAACUCCCCCUUGUGCAUUUCAGUGUAUAUUCUCACCUCCUCAGUUGUGACAUGAGUUGUUGUAUAUUGUAAAUUGUAAUAUCAAAUGUUUUGUUUUCUAUACAGCGUAGUACUUGUACAAACAUUGGACACGCCUGCUUUUAUCUUGUCACUGCUUAACUUAAAAAGCUCCCACCGA